AAAAUCACAAUCGCCAUCGACGUCAGCCCUCCCUCGGCUCCGUCGUCCUAAACAAAAUAUGGCAUGAUUUCGGCGAUUAGUGCGGAAAGCUGCACUUUUCUCUCAAACGGUGCGGCCCAUCACGGGAAACCAUGAACGCUCUGAGUCUCUACGUAACCACGUGCCGCAGAGUGUUCGAAUCGGACCCCAACGACAACAGUGCCUGGGCUGACAUAUACCGUUUGCUGUCGCUGCUCCGACAGGCUCUUUUAUGCAGUGUGUGUUCCAGUCUCUUGGUCGUCCCCAUGACGUCCACAAUGCCCAACUGCCAACAUUCCGUGUGCAAGGGAUGCCUGGGCAAGAAGACGCGCCUCAAAUCGUCCUGCCUCGGCUGCGAAGACCACAGCAAGUUCGCCGAGAACCUCCACCUCCGCAUCUUGCUUCAGUGUUACAAAAAGUUUUGCGACUACCUGGGCACCUCGUCGCUGCAACGCAAAUGGGGCAAUCUCAACGGCGGAACCAACGUAAACUUUCAGGAUAUUGUGACCGAGGGAUCAAACCUCGCCGACAACUAUCGGUACGGCCAGCCGACUCCCACGGCUUCGGUGGCGGCGCCCGUCAUGGCAACGACUCCGGUGACUCCGCUGACUUCGUGUCGUACUCCGCUUGCUUCGAGUCGAACGCCGCUGGCGACGGCCGUGAUUGUGAACGGCGAUCGCACGAAGCGUGCCGUGACCAACGGUGACAGCGGAGCCGUGGUGACUGUCGCAGCUACCGUCGUGCGUGCGCCCCCGAGCAAAAGUGUUAAAGUGGCCAAAGGAGCUCCGGAGUGCGGCGGAUCCAGUUCGGACAACUCGGACUGCGGCAGUCCCUCGGGCAGCGCCCUGAUGCAUUACUCGCGCCCCCAGCGUCGUGGCUGCCGCUGCGGCGUGACCGCCUCGAACCCGGGGAAACUGACCUGCUGUGGUCAACGCUGCCCCUGCUACGUGAACGGCACCAGCUGUGCCAUGUGUAGGUGCCGCGGUUGUCGCAAUCCUCUGGACAAACCAAAUUCCGCACUCUGGGGGGACGGUCUCGAGGUUGCCGCCAACGAGUCCAUCAAGUCGGCGAGCCAUGAAAACGGACAAGCUCGGACGUUCCACAUUGAGGUCGACGAAUGAUAAGCGCACUUCUUUUCGUGUAUCUUCAACAUGCUGUUCCAAGAAACUGGUUGUGGCCGAGGUUUGUUUUUAGGGGGCUCGUAGGCUGUUGUAGGUGACGGUUUAGGGGAUACGAAUGGCGCCGUGGAUGUUACAUCACCUCGAAGCCCAUGUCGGAGAGAAGCCGGCUUAUGGCAGCUGGUUUCCUUUCUGUGGUGUGUGCUUUAAAAGAUUGUUUUGUGCCGGAGUUUUCCAGCUUAAAUAGAACAGAUGAUUGAGGUAAUAGCGCUUCCUUGAAAUGGGGUAUGGGCCUUAACUAGUAUGGAUGUGGAUGGAAUAACUAUUGGCCUAUCAGUCCCCCGGGUUGAUUGCUUUUGGUGACAAGAUUGUGGUUGAAAGGUUGACAUCGGCCUGUUGUAAUAUGUAUUUUUAUCUUCAAACUUUGUUUUCUUCAUCGAUGUCUAAAGGAAUGUUUUUACCUUUUGCGUGCAGAUCAUAUUGCAGCUUAAUUGCUAGGUGUUGAUCGUAGUUAACAAGUUGUCACUUUCUUUAAUCAAUUUGGUUUAGCUAGUGACCAUAAAGACAGUAUGUUUCCCUAAUUUUGUAUUAUAUAGAUUGUGGAAAAUGAUGGUUAUUUUAAUAUGUGAAGUCAAAACACUUGUUUUUCCUGUAGCGUAUUUAGGUGAAACAAACCUUCAGUUUUUAAUGAAGAUUCAGGGGAACAUAAGAUUUUGUUUUCAUUAAUAAAAACGAAACUGGAGACAGGCAGGCACAUAUCCCUCUUCAGUGACAUGAGUUGUGAACUGGCUAUUUCCACUGAAUAAUUCUGCUUCUUUUACGUCUGUUUGAAUUUGCUUGUUCUUUGUUACAAUUUUUCUAGAGCAUGGUUUUCAGAAUAUUCUCUUUAACAAACUAAAACUGACAGUUUGCUUCUUGGAUUUCCAACAUUUAACUUGAGCUCACUGCCACUACUGAUACAUCUCGUUUACUUCAUGGUUGAAGAGAAGAUUGGGUGUGCUGUCAGCCCACGAAUUGCAGUUCUAUGUGUGUGUCACAAAGGAGCAGUAAAUUCGAUUCUCUAGCCCAUGUUUAUUUGAGAUAUACCAUUUUGCCACCUUUUUGCUUUAUCUAAGGUGGUAAAAGUUGCACAAACAUCAACAAAGCAAGGGAAGUGUCUGCUGUAGGGAUGUAUUUGAGUGGUUUUGAGUCUAUUUUCGCUUUUUCUAACAGCCUGUUCAACGACGAAAUUGGUGUAAUAAGGCAGGGGGAACAUAAAAAGGGUAGCAUGAAAAAUGAAACGCAGACUGGAU